CUGAAAUUGUUACUACCAAUACACGAAACUCUCGUUUAUUUCGCUACCUAUCUAUCUAUCUAUCUAUCAUUUCAACAACAAUGAUCCCUACCACCAUGAUUCAAGCAAUCGUUACUUUGAUCCUUGUGCUCUUGACGCUUCCCAGCGUCUUGUGCCCCACCACCCACGCUCCACUUGUCGUCGUUGUGGAGAACGCUACCGCUCCCCAGCUCCAAAGCACCACUGCGGCGUUUGAGCCCGAUGCUGCACUCGACAACAACAAGACCGCUACCACCUUUUUCGUCUUUCCUUUCUACGCUGGCCGCCAGGAUCACCAUGAUGAACAUCCUGCUGCUGUCAUUGCUCCCGCUGCUACCAUUAUGCUCGAUGUGUGCCUCUACGUCUCGGACACGUUCCCUGCUGUGGAUGUGACGCCGGCACACUGCUUCUCCACUCUCAAGACUGCCUUCACGGUGGCUACUGACGUUGCGACUGGAUGGGUGCACACCAAGGCUUCUUGGAGUGCUUCCUGCAUCCGUUUCCAGUCAAGCCUCUCCAAUCACUUCCACUGCUGGGUGCAGUUUGCUUCUUCCAAGGUCUCUGACACCAGUGCCACUGUCAGCUCCUCCGUCCAGUCAUUGCUCUGGGAGUGUCUCUUGAAUUAUCUCGGGUGUCUCUGCAAGUGUCUCUGGAUAUGUCUCUUGCAGUGUCUCCGCACAGCUCCUUCUUGGAUUGCUGCCUGUAUCCAAUUCAUUCAGGUUGCCUCCAAGCACUGCAACUCCUUUGUUCAGUUGGCCUCUCCCAAGAUUGCCACUGCCACCGCCGCUGUUUGCUCCUGGGCUGGUUCCGUCAAGUUGUUCCUGGAGCCGAUCGCCAGGACUGCCACCAAUGCCGCCUACAAUCGCCUGCUAGACUGUCUCGCCGCUGGGUAUCAUGUGGCGCAUGGUCUUCUGGGCGACUCCUUUUUCCGUAUCGCUUUUUGGUUUGUCGUGGGAACGGUAGCCUACAAGGUUCAUGAGUGUGUGUCGACAUGGCGCAGAAAGCGCACUGAGAAGGCAAAGGAGGCACUCAUCAUGAAGCAAAUUGUAGCGGAAGGCGUGAAGUACUUUGCUGACCAUUUCAUAUUCGCCAGUGAACUCUUCCAUUGUGGUUUUGCGGAAAGAGUCACCCCUCACCAUCUGUUAGCCAAGUUCGACGAGCGAAUUCGGAAGGUCCACCCCGACAAGGGGGGAGAUGGAUACGAAGCAGGGUCGUUGAUCCAUACUUUCACGGAAGUCAAGAAAGUUUUUAAUAGAGCCGCUCGAUAUUCCAAGAAGCAAGCCAAGAGAAACUCAUCAACUUUCAGUUUGUGCGGCGCAUUUUGGCGGUGGCUUACAUCUUGGUCCAAGUCUUCUGCUGCCCCCACCAUACCAAGCCUUUGUGGAGCGGCAAUGGUGAAGCAACUUCAAACAAAAAGAGACGCAGCGGCGCUCCAGGGUAAGCAUUGGCCAAGCAUGCCCAUCCUCCACCCGACGUCUCGCACAGAACCUUGCAUUUGCUGGACUUCUGGACCUCGAGCAUCUACUCCAUUGCCGAAACAUUGGCCUUGGUCAUUGCCGAAGGAGGAGGCGGAGAAGCCAAAGAAGUCAAAGGAUGAGGAGAGGGAGCAGCAGAAGAAGGAGCAAGAACGGAAAGGACCCACCCUUUUAGAGGUAUACGGAAUUUGCCAGAUGGAGUGGACACAGGAGUUGGCGAAGGCCAAGUCCGUUUCCGAGUGUAAAAAUGCUCUCGAAAUACUCAAGGAAGAAGUUCUGACGGAUGAGUACCUGGGUGCAUUCCUGCGGACUGGUCGAGUAGAUGUUGGAGACUCGAAACCCGCAGCUGUGCAACCAGCGCAAGUGGAACCGGCAGAUGUGCAACCAGCGCAAGUGGAGGAGGAAAGAAUUGGAGCCAUGGAUGAAUUGGAUUAGAUGGCAGGAUUUGUGAGGGAAAGCGACGUGGAGGAAAGUGCAGAGGCACCGAUUCGUUGGGAGGAUUCAGCCACUCGGAGGGAUGUGGCGUUGGCAUGAGGAUGACUUGGAUGAGUCUGCCACUUGGAGGGAUGUGGCGUAUGCAAUGAAUUGAUGACUUGGAUGAGUCUGCCACUCGGAGGGAUGUGGCAAAGACAUGAUUGGAUGACUUUGAUGAGUCUGCCACUCGGAGGGAUGUGGCGUACGCUUGGAUGAUUGGAUUGGAUGAAUUGGGAGGAGCCACUCGGAGGGAUGUGGCAUAGGCGGUUGGGAGGAUUCGUGGAAGGAACUUCUCGGGGGAGAAUCCAGCACGUGGAUUAGAUGGAUUGGUGCGAAGGAAUUGUGGAGGAAGCGACGGGUGGGGAGUGCGGCGGGGAGGAAAGCAGCACACGUAUGGAGGUGGAUUGGUCCAGAGGGGUUGUGGACGAAACGGGGCGGGGGCAGCACAAUAGUGCGUUUUAAAAAGUGGGAUUGGGGCAGCACAAUAGUGCGAUUGCGAUUACAAGUGGGAUUGUGACGGAAAGUGACGGGGGAAGCAGGCAGCACAGUAGAGGCCGCCAAUGUUCAUGGGGGGAGGCAUUCCGGUUGGAUGGGGAUCUACACUUUCAAGGGCGGGAUUCGAUGGCUGGCAAGCAAAAUUUUGAGGUCUACGGCUACAUCAAAACACUCAUCGAGAGUUGACGAAACAGCACAUGUACCUACCUGACAAAGCUCCAAGUUGGUAUGGUUCGGAGUGGAUCUCCAGCGUUUUCGCGAGGAAGAGAACAAGGCCUUCCAGUGGAUGGAUGAGGAUCUACACUUUCAACGGCAAGAGUCGAUGGCUACAAGCAAAGGUUGAGGACAUGUGUACAGGAUCGCCUGAUCACACCCCAAUACACCUCACUGCAAUCAUUAUUGAGCCGACUUGGGUACAUGUUCAGGAUCGCCUGUUCAUACCCCAAUGACCCCUGAGGUCUGCCAAGUACUGAUUUUGGAAGGGAAUUGUCUGACAAACUGCGGUACCGUCGUAUCUGGGCCCAACCGUUCAAUAGACUUUUCCAGUAGAUGUCCUUGUUGGAGCGAAGGUUCUUCCUUUGGAGUUGCUGUUUCAAGCUGAGUGGAGAUGUUGCGCCCUGAGCUAGUGGGUGCAUUGCAGGGAUGAACGGAUUUGAUGCCACUCUCAAUGGAAGGAAAAUGUCUGACAAACUGCGGUACCAGUCGUAUCUCGGGCCCAGCCGUUCAAUAGACUUUUCCUUGAGUGGCGGUUCUCCCUUUUGGAGGCCGAGUAGAGAUUUGUUUGCCGUGAGCCUAUGAGGCGCUACCCUUAUCCCAGAGCAACAGGGAUGGAUUCUUGAAGUGAAUUGGAUGCCAUGAUCGGACGCCAUUGUCAGUGGCUGUGAGCCCAGUAUGAGGCGCUACCCUUAUCCCA